UGCGGCCCCGGGAAGGGGGUCCAGGGGGCGGUGGCCCUGGGGAUGGGGAAGGAGCAGGAGCUGCUGGAGGCGGCCCGCACCGGGCACCUCCCGGCCGUGGAGAAGCUGCUGUCCGGGAAGCGGCUCUCCUCAGGCUUCGGGGGCGGCGGCGGCGGCGGCGGCGGCUCCUCCGGGAGCAGCGGCGGCGGCGGCGGCGGCGGCCUCGGGUCCUCGAGCCAUCCCCUCUCCAGUCUGCUCAGCAUCUGGAGGGGGCCAAACGUGAACUGUGUUGACAGCACUGGGUACACACCUCUACACCAUGCUGCUUUGAAUGGCCAUAAGGAUGUGGUUGAGGUUCUUCUGAGGAACGACGCGCUGACCAACGUGGCCGAUUCUAAAGGCUGUUACCCUCUGCACUUGGCAGCCUGGAAAGGAGAUGCCCAGAUAGUGCGGUUGCUCAUCCAUCAAGGGCCCUCACACACCAGAGUCAAUGAGCAGAAUGCUCUUGAGAUCAAAGAAUUCAAAAAGUACGGCCCCUUUGACCCUUAUAUCAAUGCCAAGAACAACGACAACGAGACGGCCCUGCAUUGUGCAGCGCAGUACGGCCACACGGAGGUGGUGAAGGUCCUCUUAGAGGAGCUAACAGACCCCACCAUGCGCAACAACAAAUUUGAGACACCGCUGGACCUGGCGGCGCUGUACGGGAGACUGGAGGUGGUGAAGAUGCUCCUGAACGCGCACCCCAACCUCUUGAGCUGCAACACUAAGAAGCACACCCCCCUGCACUUGGCAGCAAGGAACGGCCACAAAGCCGUGGUCCAGGUCCUCCUGGACGCCGGCAUGGAUAGCAACUACCAGACGGAGAAGGGCAGUGCUUUGCAUGAGGCUGCUUUGUUUGGCAAGACCGAUGUGGUGCAAAUCCUGCUGGCUGCAGGAAUUGAUGUCAACAUAAAAGAUAACCGUGGACUGACUGCCCUAGACACCGUCCGGGAACUGCCUUCUCAAAAGAGCCAGCAGAUAGCAGCACUGAUUGAAGAUCACAUGACUGGAAAAAGAAGCGCAAAAGAGGCAGAUAGAACCCCCACAUCCCAGGGACCUGUCAUCUCCAGUAUGGACUCCAUACCCCAGAAAUCUCAGGGUGACGUGGAGAAAGCAGUGACCGAACUGAUCAUUGAUUUUGACACAAACGCUGAAGAGGAGGGUCCCUACGAGGCGCUCUACAAUGCUGUCUCCUGCCAUUCGUUGGACAGCAUGGCCAGUGGGCGAUCGUCUGACCGGGACUCCAUGAGCAAGGAGGCCGAGGCAGCAGGAGUGAAAGCUGCUGGAGUGAGGCCUAGGGAACGUCCACCGCCUCCAGCAAAGCCACCACCUGAUGAAGAGGAGGAAGACCGUAUAGAUAAGAAGUAUUUUCCAUUGACAGCUUCUGAGGUCUUGGCCAUGAGACCCUGGAUUCAGGGAAGUGCAGCCAGGGAAGAGGACGAGCAUCCUUAUGAGCUCUUGUUAACAGCAGAAACAAAGAAGCUGGUAUCCGUGGAUGGAAGACCAAAAGACCACAGGCGGAGCAGCAGCAGCCGGAGCCAGGACUCUGCGGAGGGGCAGGACGGGCAGGUCCCAGAGCAGUUCUCAGGUCUCCUCCACGGCUCCUCCCCGGUGUGUGAGGUGGGGCAGGACCCUUUCCAGCUGCUCUCUGCCACUGGCCAGAGCCAUCCAGAAGGGUCCCCCGCACAGGGCGCCUGUCACGAGGCCAGCAUGCAGCUGGAGGAGACGGGUGUGCACGCUCCUGGAGCCUCCCCGCCCAGUGUCCUGGACCAGAGUAAGAGAGUGGGUUACCCAGCUGGCCUGCCCACCACCAACAGCCAAUCGCACCCCGAAACUUUGACUCACACGGCAUCUCAACACCCUGGUGGUGCCGAGGAAGAAAGAGACCGGAGUGGGGCUAGAAGCCGAGCCCCUCCCACCAGCAAACCCAAAGCUGAACUCAAACUCAGCCGCAGCUUGUCCAAGUCUGACUCUGAUCUCCUGACCUGCUCACCCACGGAGGACGCUACAAUGGGGAGCCGGAGCGAGUCCUUGUCCAACUGCAGCAUCGGGAAGAAGAGGCUGGAGAAGUCGCCCUCCUUCGCCUCGGAGUGGGAUGAGAUUGAGAAAAUCAUGAGCUCUAUUGGAGAAGGGAUUGACUUUUCUCAGGAACAACAGAAGAUCUCAGGUUCGCGGACGCUGGAGCAGAGCGUCGGGGAGUGGCUGGAGGCGGUUGGGCUGCAGCAGUAUGAGAGCAAGUUGCUUCUGAAUGGCUUUGACGAUGUCCGCUUCCUGGGGCCUAACGUGAUGGAAGAGCAAGACCUGCGGGAGAUUGGCAUCAGUGACCCACAGCACCGGCGGAAGCUGCUCCAGGCGGCACGGUCCCUGCCCAAGGUGAAAGCUCUGGGCUAUGACGGCAACAGCCCCCCAUCAGUGCCCUCCUGGCUGGACUCCCUCGGUCUGCAGGACUAUGUCCAUUCCUUCCUGUCGAGUGGCUACAGUUCCAUUGACACUGUGAAAAACCUCUGGGAACUGGAGCUUGUCAACGUCCUGAAAGUCCACCUGCUCGGCCAUCGCAAGCGCAUCAUCGCCUCCCUCGCAGACAGGCCCUAUGAGGAGCCACCCCAGAAGCCCCCGCGGUUUUCCCAGCUGAGAUGCCAGGACUUGCUCUCCCAGACAUCAUCCCCGCUGAGCCAGAACGACUCCUGCACUGGCCGCUCCGCUGACCUGCUGCUGCCUCCUGGGGACACGGGCAGGAGGCGGCAUGACAGUCUUCAUGACCCUGCGGCACCUUCUCGAGCGGAGCGCUUCAGAAUCCAGGAAGAGCACCGCGAGGCCAAGCUGACCCUUCGACCCCCCAGCCUGGCCGCCCCCUAUGCCCCUGUGCAGAGUUGGCAACACCAGCCGGAGAAACUCAUCUUCGAGUCCUGCGGUUAUGAAGCUAAUUAUCUGGGCUCCAUGUUGAUCAAAGAUCUUCGAGGGACAGAAUCCACCCAAGACGCCUGUGCCAAGAUGCGGAAAUCCACCGAACACAUGAAGAAGAUCCCCACCAUCAUUUUGUCCAUCACGUACAAAGGUGUCAAGUUCAUCGAUGCCUCCAACAAGAACGUCAUCGCGGAGCAUGAGAUCCGGAACAUUUCCUGUGCGGCCCAGGACCCAGAGGACCUCUGUACCUUUGCCUACAUCACCAAGGACCUGCAGACCAGCCACCACUAUUGCCAUGUUUUCAGCACAGUGGAUGUGAAUCUGACCUACGAGAUCAUCCUGACGCUGGGGCAGGCGUUCGAAGUGGCCUACCAGCUGGCCCUGCAGGCCCAAAAGUCCAGGCCGAUGGGGGCCUCCGCUGCCGAGACGGUUGAAACAAAGUCUUCCAAACCGGUGCCUAAGCCUCGGGUCGGCGUGAGGAAGUCAGCAGUGCCGCUGCCCCCCGAUAGUCGCUGUUGUUACUGUCACACCUGCACCACCCAUCGUCCUUCUUACCUACCGCUGCCGUCUGUUAGUCCUGGAGUCAAGCUGGAACCACCCGACACGGACCCAGAUGCCCAGUCCCAUGCCAGUGUCUCCUGGGUUGUGGACCCUAAACCAGACUCUAAGCGGAGCCUCAGCACCAACUGAGCCACCGAAGGAGCCAACUGUGCCGCGGAAACACAGACGUGGGGAGCACAGGCUCCCGCCGCCGCCACCGCCGUGUCACCUGCGCUUUGAGGACCCAGGCCCAGCCUCUGCCUGUAGCAGCUCCUCGGGGCUGCUUGGCCUGGACCUGCCACCACCAGGUCUCACAGAGCGAGCUGCACUCCAGGCCUCGAGCAGAUGAGACUGGAACUCCAGAGAGUCAAGAAGUGACUUGUCCAGAGGAUGUUUUUUAAUAGAAAAAAAUUUUCUAUAAAAUGAAUUUUUAAGACUUGGCUCAAACCUCUAGGUUAAACUGCCAAUCUUUAGAGAAAUGGCCAUCAGAUCAGAGGACAGGGGACCUGAGAUUGGCUAAAAGGCCAGUCUGUCCAGGCUUCUGUCCUCGGGACGGGACCUUGGUGUGGUCCGGUAGGGUGAAGAGAAGGCAGUGGCCCAUGGGUGAAUUGAAAGCAGGCACAAGUGGGCAAAAUUGAGUAGGUCUGUUAGAGUCCACUUUUCAAACCCAGCCAAGCAGGUUGCCAUUCCUUAUGAACUGCACGACUUCUUGUCCCGUCUAGAGCCGGACACAGCCUCAGCAGUGAAAACACAGCCUUAGGGGUACCCGGCAAAAGGAAAGACUUCCAGUCCGUUUCUGGGGUUCCAAAUGUGAAGGCCCAGGGGCCAGACGGAGCUGAGCGAGCAGCCCCUGGUGCCACGAAGUCUGAGCCAGCGCCCGGAGCUCUGGGCCGCUCCCCAGCCUCUGACCUGGCGGUGGUCAGAGUGCCGGCCCCCACGCUCUCUGGCGACCUCAGACUGCCUGAGUUCAGUUGGAGAGAAGCAGCAGCUUUGUUUUGGGCAUUAAUGGGUAGGUUAGCUAAGACUGCUACCUGCCAAUUUGUGAUUUGUCUAAUCGGGUCUGUGUGAUUAGGACUCACUUUGAUUCUCUGAAUUAUUGGUUCAACUGUUGUAUUUCAGCUGCUGGAUUCAUCCCUGGCUCUAAGUGUGGAGAAGGCUAUAUUUAGCCUUCUUGGGUGACAGUCAACUUGAUUCUCCCCCAGCGUGGCCUUCAGGGCAGGCUGGGGUCCUGGUGCAGCACUGCCACUUAAGCCCUCCUGCUGGCUUGCUUUGCUUUUUAAUUUGGAAUCUCGCUCUGUGCUCAAGUGGCGAUGGGAAUGGGGAGAGGGGUGGGGGGGGGACCGAGCGGUUCCUGUGAGGCUGAGGCAGGGCCAGGUCAGCUGCUUGCCCAGUACCUUCCAGAGUAGGGAGCGGAGAGGCGGCUUUUCUCCCGCCGGUGAUUCAGCAGACCUCACGCUCUGCUGGCGCGGUGCAGGCCGCUCCCGGGACCAACAUUCCAGGUUCGGUGGCACUUCUUUCCCAGUGAAGGUGGUGAAUUGAAAUUCUCUGGUGGUUCUGUGCAGGGAGAGUGCUCUUGGGCACACUCACAACCCCUGCGGUUGGCCAGAAACGGAAAGCCUGGCCCCGUCCUCCUGCUGACUUGCUCUCUGCCUGCCACCGCAGGCCCCGCCAGUCCCCUCCUCUCUGGAGCAGAGGCGGGUAACACCCUACUUUCCGGUACUAAACAAGGACCUCGACACCCGGACGCUUGGCUUCACUUCCCACUUCUUCCGAGGCCCGUGAGCUUCCCAUCGGCGGCCGCCGUGCGAUGUCCCUCCCGCCCCUGCCGGCCUCGAGCCUCGGAGGAAACCCGAGGGCCGUGCUAGUGCCGGCACCCUCGCCUCCACCCGCGGACGGCCUGGCCUCCCCCAGUGCGCCUCCCGUGCGGGAGGCCCCAAUAGAAAACUGUGUAGACACUACGAUGAGCUGCUCAAGCUGUCUUUUUGUUUUUAAAUCCUCUGUAGGUGUUUCCUCCCCUUGAAGCUGCUAUAUCCUUAUUUAUUCAGGGUGUUGUCAUGUUGGAAAGCCUUGGCUAGUCUGCUCCGGCGCUGGGUUUUGUUCUGAGAUCGGUUUCUUUCUGAAUAGUCAAGAAGGGUAGGGACUGGAUCUUUCUUUCCUUCUUACUUUUCCUGUGGGGCAGGUACUCUUCCUUCCCUAGAAAGGGAUAGUGUAACUUUAAGGACAGGCUUCAAGCGGAAAAGCCCCUGCUUCUGCACUUCUCUGAGUCUCGCUGCGUUUUCUGAGCUGUGCAGGAGCCCUUUCAGGCAGGACUGGAAACGGAGUCAGUACCUGGCACCGGCCUCGGGUUCUCUGCUUGCUUCUUUCCCUCUCGCCGCCAGCUGGCUGCUCUGAGCAGUAGGACCCCCUGACAGGCUCUGCAUUUGCAAAUGCUCCACAUCCCUCUCUGGUCUCUAGCACCGGAUUCUAGAGGGUGUCCCUGAGAAGCUUCUGGCUGAGCAGGCAGCAAACAUAGUUGCAGUCGUUACAUUAGAAAGCUAGUCUGACCUCGGUCUGUUUCUGAAAUGCCCAGACCUGCAGAAUGACUGUCAGAUGCAGUUCACAAAAGUGUUGUUGCUAAUGGUGUGGCAAUGGGACUGAAUUGUAAUAAAAAUGUUAUUUAAUCUUUGUCUCUGUAUUUUGAUACUUGAAUGAAUUCCCCUUUUAUUUUACUGUACAUAUAAUUGUUAAUCUGAUUUUGUCCGAAUUACGAACAUCUUGUGGUACCAAACAUAACCGAUCUGUGCAACAACAUAGACUGACCUCACUACAUGAGAGAGAGUGUAAAUAUCCCUGGGCUUCCAGCUUUGGUUUUGUUAUUUUCAUAACUGUACAACUUAGAACAGACUGAAUUAAUAAAGGAGAAGCAACAUGAAACCAGC